GUAGAGAAAAUCUUUACUAUCUCGCAUAGUAUUGUAAAGUUGUAAAUAAUGGAUGCAGGUUGUUUAUUGUGCAGGUAGAUCAUGUGAAAUUUCAAUCUUAGAAGGCAACGUUUUGGGCAUCAAAAUCUUAUGUAUUUGGAAACCAGGCUAUCAUCAUCCCUUUGAGAUGUUCAUGAAUGAAGAAGUUGCACUUCUUCACUUUGCUUGGCCUCAAAGCAACCCAUUGCCAAGCCAUCAAGUUAGGAUCCAUCGCAGACUUUUACAUCGCCAACAACCUCAUAACAUCGUACGCAAAAUGCUCAGAUUUAACCUCUGCUCACCAACUGUUCGACGGAAUGCCCCACAGAGAUACGGUGUCUUGGAACGCCAUUAUUUCUGCUUAUGCAAACUCUGGUCACCUGGGAACCACAUGGAAAAUCGUCAGUGCAAUGAGAAGGUCUGAACUUGCAUUUGACAGCCACACAUUAGGAAGCAUUCUCAAGGGUGUUGCCCUAGCUGGCGAGCUCCAACUUGGUCAGCAGAUGCAUUCUCUCAUGCUCAAGAUGGGGUUAUCAGAAAACAUGUUUUCUGGUAGUGCCCUCUUGGACAUGUAUGUCAAGUGUGGGAGAGUUAACGAUGCACACAUUGUUUUCCAGAGCAUGCCAGAGCGCAAUUACGUGUCGUGGAAUACACUUGUUGCUGGUUAUUCACGAGUUGGUGAUCGUGACAUGGCUUUCCGGGUGCUACAUUGUAUGGAGCUUGAGGGUGUAGAAAUUGAUGAUGGCACGGUGUCUCCACUUUUGACAUUGCUUGAUGAUGCUGAGUUUUGUUGGUUGACAAUGCAGUUGCAUUGUAAAAUUGUGAAACAUGGGCUGGAAUCAUUUAAUACUGUCUGCAAUGCUUCUAUCACAGCCUAUUCUGAUUGUUGUUCAUUGCAAGAUGCUGAGAGAGUAUUUGAUGGUGCUGUUUCCUGUCGUGAUGUAGUUACAUGGAAUUCCAUGCUCGGUGCUUAUUUGAAGCACGAGAAAGAAUAUCUUGCAUUUAAAGUUUUCAUUGAUAUGCAGAAUUUUGGGUUUGAGCCUGAUGCUUAUACUUACACCGGGAUUGUCGGUGCUUGUUCUGCACAAGAGCGUAAAAGCAAUGGAAAAUGUUUUCAUGGGUUGGUGAUAAAAAGCGGUCUUGAAGAUUCUGUUCCUAUUUCCAAUGCUUUGAUUGCCAUGUACAUCAGAUUUAAUGAUAAGGGAAUGGAAGAUGCAUUAAGAAUAUUCUUUUCAAUGAAUCUCAAAGAUGGUUGCACUUGGAACUCCAUUUUGGCAGGAUAUGUACAAGUUGGUUUGAGUGAAGAUGCCUUGAGGUUAUUUCUACAGAUGAGAUCUCUAGUCAUAGAAAUUGACCAUUAUACCUUUUCGGCUGUCAUAAGAUCAUGCUCGGACCUAGCAACUCUACAGUUAGGUCAACAGGUUCAUGUCUUAGCACUUAAAGUAGGAUUGGAUACCAAUAAUUAUGUUGGCAGUUCGUUGAUAUUCAUGUAUUCUAAAUGUGGGAUAAUAGAAGAUGCUAGGAAAUCUUUUGAAGCAACUUCCAAAGACUAUGCAAUUGUUUGGAAUUCAAUCAUCUUUGGGUAUGCACAACAUGGACAAGGAAACGUUGCGCUUGACCUCUUUUACUUAAUGAAUGAGAAAAAGGUGAAACCUGAUCAUAUAACCUUUGUUGCAGUUCUAACUGCGUGCAGUCAUAAUGGGCUAGUAGAAGAAGGCUGCAACUUUAUAGAGUCUAUGGAGUCUGAUUUUGGAAUUCCACAGCUAAAGGAGCACUAUGCUUGUGCAAUUGACCUCUAUGGUCGGGCAGGGCAACUUGAGAAGGCAAAAGCUUUGGUUGAAACGAUGCCUUUUGAACCUGAUGCAAUGGUGUUGAAAACUUUGUUAGGUGCCUGUAGAUUUUGUGGUGAUAUUGAAUUAGCUAGCGAAGUAGCAAAAACUUUGCUAGAGCUGGAGCCUGAGGAUCACUGUUCUUAUGUUAUACUCUCUGAAAUGUAUGGGCGAUUCAAGAUGUGGAAUGAGAAAGCUAGUGUAACAAGGAUGAUGCGAGAAAGGGGAGUGAAAAAGGUUCCAGGUUGGAGUUGGAUAGAAGUGAAGAAUAAAGUGCAUGCUUUCAAUGCUGAAGAUCAUUCCCAUCCCCAAUGUGAGGAGAUAUACACACAACUGCAACAACUAAAUCAAGGAAUUAAGUUGUUCGAUAAUUUUGUCAAUCAAAUGUUGCUACAGCAAUGUUUGGAUAAUCUAGAUGAUUGUGAUGAUAAAAUGUUCUUAUGAUUUUUGUAUUUUUGUUUUCUGGAUUUGGUUGUAAGCUUUCAAGGAUGAUUUGCUCAGUGUUUUUAUCACAAGAUGCUGAUUUGAACUUCAUGACUAAGGAAGACAUCAAGUACUCGCCCGUUAUUUUGGAGGAAAGAUUGUUCUCAUCCCAAAAUUUACACUUGUGGCUGCAUGUUGUAUACUAGCACUGAGAGAGAAUAAAACUACAUGAAUUGGGUCUAGACGCAACUAGUACAUAGAAGAAGACAAGUGCCAUAUAUGACUAGACUCAGCUACUUAAGCAAUCAAAUCAAGCAAAUCGGAAAGUGUCUGUGCUUAUUCACUGAGGCUAAGCCAUUUCAGAGUUUUGAAUGGUGCAUAAACUGAUCAGGGACAGUGAAUGAAGGUUGAUGGAAGUUUGAUUGCAAGAAAAACAAAAGCAAAACAGCCAGCAGAAAGUGCAGUAGAACAAGCUUAGAGUCAAAAGCUGUCAAGUUGACUUUAGGGUUGACUUGCAAAUCAACUCCAAACUUGGUGCAAGCUUUGGGAGACUCUAAGAGACAAUAAGAGAGACUUUUGCCGAGUUGGAGUAACCUCAGAAAGGGCUGGAAGCUGAAUCAACCCAUCAUCCCUUGUUACGCAUGACUAGUCAAUCACUCUAGUUAGCUUUAGUUAGUCUUAGUAAGUUUUUGUUAGUUGUUUGUAAUAGGUAGAUCAGUUAACUACAGUUAUUAGUUGAGUUUAGGUGAGUUAAGAAAGGUAUAAAUAGCUAAGAAUAGAUAGGAAACGUCACUUUUGACAUUCUGCAGAUUCACGAAAACAAAUUUUCAUUUUUCUCUUCUUUUCCUCUCAUUUUCUUGGCUGGGAGCUCAAGAACUAAGUGAGAGAUAGGGUCAAGAACUCUAAGAUUUGUGUUCUACAUUCGGUAUUAUGUUUCAAUUCAUGUUUUCUUUUCAUUUUCA